CUCACGCCAUGACUGCUCUGUCUGACCUGUGUUUAGGAACUCAUUAAUUCAUGCCCCACAGCGUGAGUGGAGUGGAGAUGCGAAAAAGGCAGGCGGCUCAUAUCGAGCCCCCUCCCCAGGCCCCUGGACAGCCCCGACCUAACACCUGCUGCCUCUGUUGGUGCGGCUGCUGCAAGUGUCUCUGGAAUGAAGACAGAAUUGAGAGAAGUGAACGUCAAACCUGCACCAAAAUGGACAGUAUUGAAGCUGCUGAAGAACAACAGCCCAGUCUAGAGGAGGUUCUAUCGUGGGCUCGAAGCUUUGAGUUGAUGCUGCGCUCAUUGGAGGGCCGGGAGAUCUUCCGUGAGUUCCUGCGCUCUGAGUAUAGCGAGGACAACCUGCUUUUCUGGUUGGCCUGUGAAGAGUUGAAAAAGGAGACCGGUCCCUCAGUGGUGGAGGAGAAGGCCAGGAUUAUUUAUGAAGAUUACGUCUCUAUAUUAUCACCCAAAGAGGUGAGCCUGGACUCACGGGUACGAGAAGGAAUUAAUCAGAGUCUAGCGGAGCCCAGCAACCGGAUGUACGAGGACGCCCAACUCCAGAUCUACACACUGAUGCACCGAGACUCCUUCCCCCGUUUCCUCAACUCCACCGUUUACAGAGACCUCCUGGCCAGCAGGAGGCGCACCUGCCUCGACACCUAAACCUCUCCACCGUUCGUCAUUGCCAACAAGACUACUACUUAAACUUCAAAUAUGGUGCCAGAAGUCAGGUUUGGGGGAGGGGGAACA